AAAACUUGCGCUUAGGAAAAGGUUUAGUCCCGGCCCAGUUUGCCACCAAAAACCCCAAGCCCGAUUGCCCGAGUCUCUGGAGCUGCUGCAAGCAAAAUGGUGUUUGCUGCUUCCCUUCCGCCUCUUUGAAUGAAGAAGAAAGCUUGGGGCUUGUCCAAAACCAUCGGCAGCUUCUUCACCAAUCAGCACAAACUCAUGGAAGAUUUCCCAGAGCGUUACUCUUACAACCCAACUCUGCGUUGGAACGCUGAGCUCGAAAGCUACUUCUCCAAUGCCUAUGGACCCCAGAAUUUCUCUCGCAUCUCCAAAGCCCUGACGCGCCCGUCUUGCUACUCCUGUAUACGGGUGAACACACUCAAGACCACGCCCGAUGCCGUCAUUGACAAGUUGACGGCGGUUCUGAAAGAAAACAGAGCUGACAUUUCCAAGUGUGAAGUCGCAGGGCUGGACAACGUUGUGUUUGUGAGGGGCUCAGGCCCUCACGCCAUUAAUUAUGGUUAUGCUGCAGAUGGGAAGCCUCCAAAGGAGGUUCUUGUGAGCCGGAAAUGUGCCGAGGCAGUUCUUCGAGGUGCCCAGGUGUACAUUCCUGGUGUACUGGCUUGCAGUGCUCAUGUUGAGAAAGGGGAAUUGGUUGCGGUUUCAGUCUCGGUUGAGCAGCCUGGUGUUGAUGGUGGAUGGGGCGUUGGGAUCACUCGAGGGACUGUGCUGCAAGGUUCACAGACAGAUCCUUAUCAUCUUGAACGAAGUGGGCUGUAUGUCGGCCAAGGAAGAGCAAUGAUGUCAAGGUCUGGGAUGUUCCGUGUUACAGAAGGGCUUGCUGUGGAUAUGAGUGACAGAGUAUUUCAUCUGCCUUCCUUUCGUGACGUGCUUGAGGGGGAAAUAUUUCUUCAAAAUCUGCCAAGCAUUGUCGCUGCUCGUGCACUAGAUCCUCAAAAAGGUGAGCGCAUACUAGACAUGUGUGCUGCACCCGGAGGGAAAACAACUGCAAUAGCAAUUCUCAUGAAGGAUGAAGGAGAAAUCGUUGCUGUUGAUAGAUCUCACAAUAAGGUGCAGGGUAUUCACAAAUUGGCUGCUGAAAUGGGCCUGAGUUGUAUAACCCCAUAUAAACUUGAUGCUCUAAAAGCUGUUUGUGUAAGGAACGAAUCUGAAGAUUUGUCUGAUCCAUCUUGUGCUAAGGAUAAUCAUGGUGGACACAUUCAAGAUUCCAACUUCAUGAAGUCAGAAGUAGAGAAAAUUGAAUCAAUUACUUUUGGAAGGUUGAAUGCUGAGAAGGAUUUUAAGAAAGCUGUUAGCAAUGAAAAAGCGAUUGAGAGUUCUUACAUUAGCAAAGCUGACAUCAGGAAGGAAAUGCGAAGAAAACGGAAUGGUCCAGGAAGAAAUCAGUGCUUGGGUGGUAAGGUUGAGAAGUCAAAAGGCUUUGCUCCCAGCAGCUUUGAUCGAGUUCUUCUUGAUGCACCUUGUUCUGCCCUUGGUUUAAGACCUCGACUAUUUACUGGAGAGGAAACAAUCGAAUCCUUGAGAAAGCAUGCGAUAUAUCAAAGGAGAAUGUUUGAUCAGGCUGUUCAAUUAGUUCGCCCGGGUGGAGUUAUUGUGUACUCAACAUGUACAAUAAAUCCUGGAGAGAAUGAAGCUUUGGUUCGAUAUGCUUUGGAUACAUAUAAAUUCCUCUCCUUGGCACCACAGCACCCAAGAAUCGGGGGACCUGGUCUUGUUGGACGCUUUGAAUUUCCUGAUGGAUAUACUGAGGAGUGGCUAAGACCUGGUGAGGAAGAACUUGUUCAGAGGUUUGAUCCAUCGUCCCCGCUUGACACAAUCGGGUUUUUCAUAGCCAAGUUUGUGGUUGGAUCAAAUGAGGCUGACUUACAAAACUCUUCAUCUUGACAAGAUCAGAACUUCUCCCCAUGAAUACGACGUGUAGUCUAACUCAAAUUCAGAACUUCUCCAUCUGGAAUAUCAUUCAAGGUGGUCUUUCAUUUUAGGUUCAAUAUUUCAUACACUAGAGAAUACCAAUGGAUUAAGAAUAAAUCUUCUAUAAGUUUCUGUAUUAAAGAAAAGUUCUUGACAAGUAUAAAUGACAGUUUCCUACAAUGAUUGGAUUCUUGAUUCAGUGACCACUACAUAACUUUUAUGAAUGAAUGAGUUGUAUCGAAUGCUACAAGGAAGCUGCGUGCAUUAGUUGUCUUUUAAA